UUAUUGAUCCGCUUCAUCAAUCCAACGCAAUCUCAAUGGCUAAUUCCUAUCUCAUUUCCUUCCUACCACUCAUACUAGUUUUGAUCACUUUAGCAUCUAUAAGUGGUGGGAUGACGAAUGCUGAGGCACGUAACCUUUUGGAGACACCUGAGGUUCCAAAGCCUGAACUUCCAGAGAUUCCGAAGCCCACACUUCCUGAGCUUCCAAAGCCCAUAAUUCCUGAGAUUCCAAAACCCACACUUCCUGAGAUUCCAAAACCCGUUGUUCCUGAGAUCCCCAAGCCCACAGUUCCAGAGAUCCCGAAGCCCACAGUUCCAGAGAUCCCCAAGCCCACUGUUCCUGAAAUUCCGAAGCCCACACUUCCUGAGAUUCCAAAACCCACUGUUCCUGAGAUUCAGAAGCCCACACUUCCUGAGAUCCCCAAGCCCACAGUUCCUGAAAUUCCAAAACCCGCACUUCCUGAGCUUCCAAAGCCAGAGUUGCCUGCUUUACCCAAACCAGAAGUACCAAAGGUGCCAGAAAUCCAUGACCUUCCUAAGCCCACCUUGCCCAAACCAGAAAUACCAGAGUUGCCCAAGGACUUCCCUAAACCUUCUCUACCCGCAACUCCUGCAACACUCCAGUGGGUGUACAAUAGCAAAUACCAUCAUCACCUACAGACAGCGAAAGAGAGCUUGGUGAUUCUACAGAUAGCAAUGUCUAAAGAAUUGACCAGUCCUCUCCUCCCAUUAGCAACAAACACCUUCUUAGUUAUUGAUUGGCUUCAUCAAUCCAACGCAAUCUCAAUGGCUAAUUCCUAUCUCAUUUCCUUCCUACCACUCAUACUAGUUUCGAUCACUUUAGCGUCAAUAAGUGGUGGGAUGAUCAGUGCUGAGGCACGUAACUUUUUGGAGAUAUCUAAGGUUCCAAAGCCUGAACUUCCAGAGAUUCCGAAGCCCACACUUCCUGAGCUUCCGAAGCCUACAAUUCCAGAGAUUCCAAAACCCACACUUCCUGAGCUUCCGAAGCCCACACUUCCUGAGAUUCCAAAACCCACUGUUCCUGAGAUCCCCAAGCCCACAGUUCCAGAGAUCCCCAAGCCCACAGUUCCUGAAAUUCCAAAACCCGUACUUCCUGAGCUUCCAAAACCCACUGUUCCUGAGAUUCCGAAGCCCACACUUCCUGAGAUUCCAAAACCCACUGUUCCUGAGAUUCAGAAGCCCACACUUCCUGAGAUCCCCAAGCCCACAGUUCCUGAGAUCCCGAAGCCCACAGUUCCUGAAAUUCCAAAACCCGCACUUCCUGAGCUUCCAAAGCCAGAGUUGCCUACUUUGCCCAAACCAGAAGUACCAAAGGUGCCAGAAUUCCAUGACCUUCCUAAGCCCACCUUGCCCAAACCAGAAAUACCAGAGUUGCCCAAGGACUUCCCUAAACCUUCUCUACCCCAUCCUUAGAGACCUACUUUUGUGAAAGCUUGUGAUAUAUUCGCUACUACUAAUGUUACUUCCAAGAAAUUCGUCAUUUAGAGUAUUCCCUGAAUAUUGAAUGAUUAUUUGUGUGUGGUCUGUUGUUCUGUCAUACGAUGAACAAUUUAUGUAUGUUGAAUUUAUGCACCUUGAUUAUAUUAUACUCUACUGUUAGAGUAUCGUUGAAUCAAUUUGACUUCAUGUCCUUUUGGCAA